AGGCGCGGGCGGCGGCCCGGGAGUUGCGCGCCCCGGCUGUGCGUGCGCUGGGAGAGGGGUGCGCAGCGCGGCGGAACUUUGCGCCCUGAGAAGCUCGCGCAGAGGAGGGGGCUGCUGGGGGCGCCUCCGCGGGGAGAGAAGUGAGUGCUGCUGGGGAGGACAGCGAGACCUCGCCGCCCAGCCCGGCCCCUGAGGAAGUGCCCGCCGCCCGGCCCCCCUUGCCGGGACAAUGCCGAUCCUGAAGCAGCUCGUCUCCAACUCGGCCCACUCCAAGCGGCGCUCGCGGGCGGAUCUGACGGCUGAGAUGAUCAGCGCUCCGCUGGGCGACUUCCGCCACACCAUGCACGUGGGCAGAGCGGGGGACGCCUUCGGGGACACCUCCUUCCUCAACAGCAAGGCCGGCGAGCCGGAGUCCCCUGAGGAGCUGGGCUCCUCCAAGCCUGGCCUGCUGUCCCGCAAGUUCCGCAGCAGCAAGAGGUCGCAGUCGGUGACGCGCGGCGACCGGCGGGACAUGCUGGGCUCCCUGAGGGACUCGGCCAUCUUCGUGAAGAACGCCGUCUCCCUGCCUCAGCUCACCGAGAAGGAGGCGGACAAAAGCGCCGGGAAGCUGCCCAAGAGCCUUUCCUCGAGCCCUGUCAAGAAGGCACCGGAGGAGGCAGCCACCACUCCGGAGGAAAAGCCGCACCCCAACGGCGCAGCCGCCCGCCCCCAGAGUCCCGGCCUGGACGAGCGUGACUUUGGGGACCUGACGGAUCUGCCCGUCGUGGUGCCGAAGAGCAGCUAUGGCAUGAAACACGCCGAGUCCAUCAUGUCCUUCCACAUCGACCUGGGGCCCUCCAUGCUGGGGGACGUCCUGAGCAUCAUGGACAAAGACCAGUGGGACCAGGAUGAAGACUUCGGCUCCGUGGUACCUGAGGAGCGCCGAAGGGAUGGAGGCCCUACCCGGGUACCUGCAGCCCACCGGCUCAGCCAGGAAGGGAAGCCCCUGCCAGAUGCCCUGCUGACGGCGCCAGCCUGCCAGGACCAGAGCAGGGGCCAGGUCAGCAGGGACAGCAGUUCGGUUUCUAGCUGCACGGCACAGGGGCUGAAGGAGCGCCGCCCAUCACCCGAAAGACAGAGCUACGGGAUCCCAGAUGGCGCCCGGCCCGGCCCCCCCAAGCGGCACGACAGAGAGUUCUCCUUCGCGGAUGAGGAGGACGACGAGAUCAGAGUGUAGGAAGGCGGCUGAUCCGACGGGUCUGGUGUAAAUUUGCGGUAGCUUGGGCACAAGAAGGGAUAACCUGAAACUGACAAUGUCAGAAGAAAUGGCACCGGGAGACACUUAACUCAACUCCUUUCCCUUUCCCCACGGGCUGUGGCCAGAUUCCCCUCCGCUCCUCUCUGACGUCCCUCCAGGGACUGGGCGAACCUGUGAAACGGGAAGAUAGAUGUCGUGGGGUUAGUUUUUGCUAUUUUGAGGUCGCUGUGGGAGAGGGAGAAACUUGGGUUUAAAGUCAUAGUAUUACGUCAAACAACCUCUUCCUGUAAGGCUGCUGAUCUCUGCGAGCCGGGGAAGAACAGCGGUCGGGAGAGGGGAAGAGCCCGCUAGCCAGUCUGGAGACAAUUCCUUUCCCAGAAGAAAACUCCAGUCUGUACUGCAAGGGGGAAACGUACUUUCGUUUCCAUUGGACUUUGGAUAUUAACUUGAUCUACUGCCCACAUCAAGUAAUACAGAGUCAAGCGACCAGGACAAGGCUUAGAGCCCCAGUGCCCUUAGGAAUAUAUAUUUUCCCCCUUGUGUUUUUAUUGGUCUCUGAUUUGUACUGGUAACUCUUUUUAACAGCAGAUGAGGGGAAAUUCCAGUCUGAAAGAACUUGGUUCAAGAGUUUAGACUUCUGCAUAUUGUAGAGUGAAGUGGCAUGGGAAAGCCAGCGGUUUCUAAGCCUGCAAUUGAUGGUACUUCUCUUUGGGCAGAGCGCUGGGAGGCCCUGCAGCUCCAGAGGUGGGGGGAGGGAUUUUUUUACUCUUGUAUCUUUUUUUUUUUCCCCUUCUUUUUUUAAAGUGUCCUAUGUUGCAGCACCUCUGGGCCCACGGGCUCCCUGCAGCCUGCCACAGCUGCUCCUACAUAUUGGACCCAGACCUCAUCCAGCCCCCCCUUGAGAAACCCUCUCCUGUCCCUGCAGCAGCAUCACAUCUCUGGCACUGCGAUGCCCGGACACACACACACACACCCCCGACACAGAGUGGAGCUGCCUGCAGGUCUGGCGCUCUAGAGCACUAUGGUGCCAUUACCAGGUGUGUGGAAGGUUACGGCGGAAGGAGCUGGAGGUGCCUUCUGGGGAAUCCCCUUAACAGGGCUGGGGCAGAGAUGUUGGCUGGCCCCCCCAGCUAUUCUAUUGCUGGCCCCUGGCCUGCCCUCCGCUCCAACCCCUCUGUGCCCUUUCUCUGCUGCAUGAGCAGAUGGGAUGCCCUGGGAGGCAGCUGUUGGUGGGGUGAGACCCAGCUGCCCUCUGGCAAGAAUGGAACAGAGGGGAAGGGGGUGAGCCCACAUUCCUGGUCUUAAAGCUUAGGGGGAUAAUGUCUGGCUCCUCGCCCGGCCGAGCCGUGGGAGCCAGUCUGCACAUGUGGGCACGAUGGGUUCAGAGCACUGGCACAGCCUCCUGAAGCCCAGUGGUCUGGGAAUGGGCAGCGUGUGCAGGAGACGCAGACUCGCUCUCCUCUGCCCGGUCUCCUCCCAAGGGAGACGCCCCCCGGGCAGACGCUCCUGAGCCCAAGGGCUGCCAGGGACGGCCUGACUAGGGGUGAGGAACCAUCCUAUCUAGGACUCGCGGCUGUCAGCACCACGCUGGAGAGAUGUGUCCUCGCCCCCUGGGCCCUGCCCUGCCUUCCGCACGUCGCGGGUAGCAAUAAAACACUAACUGGGACCUUUUCUAACUUAUUUUCUUUUUAAAAGUUGUUUUGCGCUAGAUCCCCUCCCCCCUAGGUUGAAAGUAGCGGCUGGGUGCCCCAAGGCGUGGCCUAGUCUUGCCUUGUGACUGGGGCUCUGUCCCACGUGCUGGGAGCUGUACGGUGCAGAUGAAUGGAGAAAAGGGGGGGGGGAGGGUUAUGAUGUAUGUAAAAUGCAGAACAGAAUU